UGGCGUGGGCGGCGCGGGCGGCGGUCGAACCGACCUGCGGCAGCCGGUACCAGCAGUUGCAGAAUGAGGAAAUGGUUGGAGUACCUGAACAGGCUGCAGGUGAUGCUCCUCCACCUUACAGCAGCAUCUCCGUAGAGAGUGCAGCAUAUUUUGACUACAAAGAUGAGUCUGGGUUUCCCAAGCCCCCAUCUUACAAUGUAGCUACAACACUGCCCAGUUAUGAUGAAGCCGAGAGAACCAAGGUUGAAGCUGCUAUCCCUCUGGUUCCUGGAAGAGAUGAAGAUUUUGUGGGUCGGGAUGAUUUUGAUGAUGCUGACCAGCUGAGGAUAGGAAACGAUGGGAUUUUCAUGUUAACUUUUUUCAUGGCAUUCCUCUUUAACUGGAUUGGGUUUUUCCUGUCUUUCUGCCUGACCACCUCAGCUGCAGGAAGGUAUGGGGCCAUUUCAGGAUUUGGUCUCUCUCUAAUUAAGUGGAUCCUGAUUGUCAGGUUUUCUACCUAUUUCCCUGGAUACUUUGAUGGUCAGUACUGGCUCUGGUGGGUGUUCCUGGUUUUAGGUUUUCUCCUGUUUCUCAGAGGAUUUAUCAAUUAUGCAAAAGUUCGGAAGAUGCCAGAAACUUUUUCAAAUCUCCCCAGGACCAGAGUUCUCUUUAUUUAUUAAAGAUGUUUUCUGGCAAAGGCCUUCCUGCAUUUAUGAAUUCUCUCUCAAGAAGCAAGAGAACACCUGCAGGAAGUGAAUCAAGAUGCAGAACACAGAGGAAUAAUCACCUGCUUUAAAAAAAUAAAGUACUGUUGAAAAAGAUCAUUUCGCUCUAUUUGUUCUUAGGUGUAAAAUUUUAAUAGUUAAUGCAGAAUUCUGUAAUCAUUGAAUCGUUAGUGGUUAAUGUUUGAAAAAGCUCUUGCAAUCAAGUCUGUGAUGUAUUAAUGCCUUAUAUAUUGUUUGUAGUCAUUUUAAAUAGCAUGAGCCAUGUCCCUGUAGUCAGUAGGGGGCAAUCUUGCUUUAUUCAUCUUCCCAUCUCAAAAUGAAUUUGGAAUUAAAUAUUUUAGUGUAAGAUAUGUAUAAUGCUGGUCAUUUUAAAGGGGUUUUCUCAAAAGUUAAAACAUUUGUUAUGACUGCAUUUCUGCACAUAAUCCAUAUUUGCUGUUAAAAUUAAUAUAGAAAGUUACUCAACUGUAUUGUGUGUACACUUGGAAGCAAAUCAUAGAGCAAACUACAUUUAAGGUGUGGUCAAAAAAUAUGUUCUUAAUUGGUAAACAAUCAGCAUUAAUUUUUUAUAGUCCAUAUUCAAAAUUUUGUAGUACCUUAUUCUGUAGUGAGUAUCUAAAGGAUUCGGAAGGUGUUGUCCCUGUAUAAAAAGGAAAGGAAAAGGACAAAUGCAACUUGGUUACUAAAGUGUAAGUAACUCUUGAUACUCUGUGAUUAGAAUCCCCAUCCCUUUUUCUCUUUUUCUUUUGUCUCCUAAUGAUUAGGACAAAGGCUGGGAUUAAGCAGGAUUAGGUACUAGGAGCAAAGAAAGAAUUAACUUGGAACUUUUGAGAUGAUCCCUAACAUACUGUACUACUUGCUUUUACAAUGUGUUAGCAGAAACCAAUGUGUUAUAAAUGUAGAAUGAUGUGCUUUCUGCCCAAGUGGUAAUUCACCUUGGUUUGCUAUGUUAAAACUGUAAAUACAACAAAACAUUAAUAAAUGUCUCUUGUGUAGCACCUUUUACUGUA